AGGGUCUCAUCACUCUGUCACCCAGAUCUUGGUUCAUUGUAACCUCCACCUCCUGGGCUCAAAUGAUCCUCCCCUGUCAGCCUCUUGAGUAGCUGGGACUAUAGGGGUAGUCUGUAGUGCACCACCAAGCCAGGGUUAAUUUUUUGUAUUUUUUGUAAAGACAGGGUUUUACUAUGUUGCCCAGGCUGGUCUUGAACUCCUGGACUCAACUGAUCCAUCCACCAUGGCCUCUCAAAGUGCUGGGAUUACAGGUGUAAGCCACCACUCCUGGCCUGAGACCCAGUUUCUUUAUCAGAAAAAUUGCAAUGUAAUUAAUUGCAACUGAAUAAUUCUUUACAGGGGUCUAUUUUGGAUGUGAAAGUAUUAGACAAAUGAGAGGGAGUGGUGUUCUGUGAAUUUGAAGGGACUUUCCUCUUAGUUUAAGAGGCCUUUGGGUUUGGGGUGAUGUGAAGGGGAGAGACAAGGCAAGAAGAUGACCAGUUCUGGGCCCUGAGCCACCAUUGUGACCUGAGAUAAAGGGGCCUGUCUUGAGGCUGUCCAGUCCCCCUCCUUGGCUCAAGCUUCACACUCCCCCCGGCAGGGCCAGCCACUGAGCAGAGUCUCGCUCUUCACAGAGAAAAACAUCCCACAAGUCUGCUUCUUCCUACCCCACCCCCUUUUCCCUCUCACUUUCCGCUGCCUCAGGGAUGAGUAGAGGUGAUGACCUCACCAGGUUCUGGGGCAGUCUGAGGAUGGAGGAGGCAUAAUGGUGUCAGGAAUAGGAGGUGAGAGGUUCAGGGAGAGGGGAGCCUUAGGAUUAGGCCGUGGCUGGGGGCUGUUCUGGAGCCCCAGGGAGCUGUUAUCUUCCCUGCUGAUCAUCUGGUGCUGGAGCUGGGGGGGUCUCUUGGCUUAGCUUUGCAGACAGCUUGCAGCCACACCAUGGUGGGUGCUAGAAAGGGCAGGGAAUAGGGAGCUGGGUGACACCAAGAAGUGGUAAGUAAACUGUCUCAGAAACACUUAAUAAUAAAAACAACCAGGAGUUAUAUUUGUUUCCUCAGUUGCUGGCUUGCUGCUGCUAUUAUUUAUCUGAGAGUUGGUUCCAGUUUUUCUCAAAUAGCAGGGGAAAACCUAUAGAAGCAGCCUGUUCUUUGUCCCCGACUGCUUUUGUUGCUCUAUUUGCCUUGGGGUCUAUUUUUUUUUCUCCCCUGUGACUUCUUUUCCUCUGGCUCUCUCUGCCUAAAGCUCAGGCAUAACAUAGCAGGCAUAGUAAGUCUACCAACCUGAAUGACUAUUGUGGGAUCUUUAUUUAGAAGCUGCCAAGAAAGUCAUCCCUUCUGGGGACACAGUUUAGCCUGGGGAACAGAGUGGGAUGUGGUCAGGAAGCACCUGGCCGACAGAGCCCAGAAAAGUUCCAUCUGUGAACUGGGUGCCGUAGUCGCUGAUGGCUACCUCCAACUUGCAUGAGGGCCACAACGGCCUUGUCCCCAUUUGAGAUGUGUGGAUGGGUGGUGUCUGUGGAUACCUAGUGAUCAACUUUCUGAUAGGAGGUUUAGAGACAGAGCUCUUGUGGCAUCAGGUCAGUACCACCCUCUCCCAGAGGGGAGAAGUUAGGAAGAACGGGCAGCCAACCAGGCAUUGGGCUCUGUCCUGGUCUUCCAGUGGGUGAGCUUUUACUCUUCUUAGGCAAGGGCUUAGCCUGGCCUCUGUCACCCCCUGGCGGUAGACGUAGAACUUGCUCAGCAUUCCCGGACUGCUCUCAGCCCUGGCCCUAAGACAAGGAUGGGAGGAGAGGAACCCCCACUCCUCUCUCUGCCAUUGAUCUCCUUUCUAGCCCUUCCUCCCUGAUCCGGAGAAAUCAGUUUGGUUCUUAAGACAGAGCAGGUUUGAAUGUCAGGAGGCCGACAUAGGUGUGAAUCUUUCACUGACUGUGUGACCUCUUGGGGCAAGUCACGGUAAAAUGACAAGAAGCGUCCUGUCCUGCCUCAUCCGUGAAACUGAUAGAAAAAAACCCAUCUUGAAGGAUUGGUGUGCAGUAUAAAUAACCAAAUAAUGUAUGGAACGUGCUUUGUAAAGGGCCUAGUAUGCAGUACGUCUUCAAUAAAUUAGUAUUUGUUAUGUCGUUAUUAUCCUAACUAUGAAUAGCUUGUCCUGCUGUGGUCAGGGAAGGUCUACAUUGUGGGAAAGACCUGGGUUCUGAGAGAGAAAGGAGGGUGGGAGUAGCAACCGCUUUCCCAGAUCUAGAGGUGGUCUUCAUGGGGAACAGCGCAUCAGGAGCCCAGGAAUCUACCCCGGCUCCUGAUUCCGGGGUGGUCGGCUGCAGCCUGCGUCAUUACCCCCGCACCCCCACCCGGUACCAGCUUGCCCGCUCUCGCUCCUGCAGCCCCAUCCAGAGGUGGUGUCACACCUGGCGCCUCAUACCCGGCGGCUCCCAAGCGCCUGUUUUGCUCUGAGGUCAUUAGCUCCAUGGCUGUCUGGGCUGGCUGGCCACACCGAACCGAGAGCGAGGAGACCGCACCCCCUUGUCCCUCAGCCCCCGUCACAAUGGAGACGUUCUAGCUGAUGUCUAAUCUAGCGCACGGCUGAAAUAAGGUUUCCUUCUCUCCGCCCCCUUCCCACAGCAACAGAACCUACCCCUAAGAAACGGAGGCGGGGCCAAGCCGGAAUGGGGCGGGGCAGAGGCCGGGGGCCCAUGGGCCGGUUCCUGGGGUGGCCCAGAGCAAGGGCAAGUUUCGCCCGGGACCCGCCCAGCUGGCCAGGAGCCAGUAGCAGGGAAGGGCCGGCUGGCGCGAGCACCGCCCACCCCGAGCCCUGGGGGCGGGGCCUGGGCGGGGGCGGGGCCGCGGCCGAGGGCGGGGCAGAGAGGCAGCAUGCUAAACCGGGUGCGCUCGGCAGUGGCGCACCUGGUGAGCUCCGGGGGCGCUCCGCCUCCGCGCCCCAAGUCCCCGGACCUGCCCAACCCUGCCUCGGCGCCGCCCGCUGCCGCUCCAGAAGCGCCCAGGAGCCCUCCCGCGAAGGCUGGGAGCGGGAGGGCGACGCCCGCGAAGGCUGUUGAGGCUCGAGCGAGCUUCUCCAGACCGACCUUUCUGCAGCUGAGCCCCGGGGGGCUGCGACGCGCCGAUGACCACGCGGGCCGGGCUGUGCAAAGCCCCCCGGACACGGGCCGCCGCCUGCCCUGGAGCACAGGCUACGCCGAGGUCAUCAAUGCUGGCAAGAGUCAGCACAAUGAGGACCAGGCUUGCUGUGAAGUGGUAUAUGUGGAAGGUCGGAGGAGUGUUACAGGAGUACCUAGGGAGCCUAGCCGAGGCCAGGGACUCUGCUUCUACUACUGGGGCCUAUUUGAUGGGCAUGCAGGGGGCGGGGCUGCUGAAAUGGCCUCACGGCUCCUGCAUCGCCAUAUCCGAGAGCAGCUAAAGGACCUGGUAGAGAUACUUCAGGACCCUUCGCCACCACCCCUCUGCCUCCCGACAACCCCGGGGACCCCAGGUUCCUCCGAUCCCUCUCACUUGCUUGGCCCUCAGUCCUGCUGGUCUUCACAGAAGGAAGUGACCCAUGAGAGCCUGGUAGUGGGGGCCAUUGAGACUGCCUUCCAGCUCAUGGAUGAGCAGAUGGCCCGGGAACGGCGUGGCCACCAAGUGGAGGGGGGCUGCUGUGCACUGGUUGUGAUCUACCUGCUAGGCAAGGUGUAUGUGGCCAAUGCAGGCGAUAGCAGAGCCAUCAUCGUCCGGAAUGGUGAAAUCAUUCCAAUGUCCCGGGAGUUUACCCCGGAGACUGAGCGCCAGCGUCUUCAGCUGCUUGGCUUCCUGAAACCAGAGCUGCUAGGCAGUGAAUUCACCCACCUUGAGUUCCCCCGCAGAGUUCUGCCCAAGGAGCUGGGGCAGAGGAUGUUGUACCGGGACCAGAACAUGACCGGCUGGGCCUACAAAAAGAUCGAGCUGGAGGAUCUCAGGUUUCCUCUGGUCUGUGGGGAGGGCAAAAAGGCUCGGGUGAUGGCCACCAUUGGGGUGACCCGAGGCUUGGGAGACCACAACCUUAAGGUCUGCAGUUCCACCCUGCCCAUCAAGCCCUUUCUCUCCUGCUUCCCUGAGGUACGAGUGUAUGACCUGACACAAUAUGAGCACUGCCCAGAUGAUGUGCUAGUCCUGGGAACAGAUGGCCUGUGGGAUGUCACUACUGACUGUGAGGUAGCCGCCACUGUGGACAGGGUGCUGUCAGCCUAUGAGCCCAAUGACCACAGCAGGUAUACAGCUCUGGCCCAAGCUCUGGUCCUGGGGGCCCGGGGUACCCCCCGGGACCGUGGCUGGCGUCUCCCCAACAACAAGCUGGGUUCCGGGGAUGACAUCUCUGUCUUCGUCAUCCCCCUGGGAGGGCCAGGCAGUUACUCCUGAGGGGCUGAACACCAUCCCUCCCACCAGCUUCUCCAUACUUACUCCUCUCACAGCCCAAAUUCUGAAGUUGUCUGCCUGACCCUUCUUUAGUGGCAGCUUAACUGAAGAAGGGAUGCCCGCUAUAUCCAAAAUUAUAGCUAUUGGCAAAUAAACCAGAUGGAUAAA